GCGCGGGGACCCCGGGGCUCUGCCCGCCGGGCCCGGGGCCGCCCCGUCGCCGCGUUUCCGGGGGCUUCUUACGGGGGGGGGCUGCGGCCGCCGCCGGCCCCGUUCUGCUUCCGGCGCGUCCCGGGGCAGCCGCCGGGAUGAUCAACGCCGUCCUGGUGUUCAACAACCACGGCAAGCCGCGGCUCGUCCGCUUCUACCAGCACCUGGCGGAGGAGGUCCAGCAGCAGCUCAUCCGGGAGACCUUCCACCUGGUGCUCAAGCGGGAUGAGCACGUCUGCAACUUCCUCGAGUGCGGCAGCCUGUUCGGCGGCGCCGACUACAAGCUGAUCUACCGGCACUACGCCACGCUGUACUUCGUGUUCUGCGUGGACUCCUCCGAGAGCGAGCUGGGCAUCCUGGACCUCAUCCAGGUGUUUGUGGAGACGCUGGACAAGUGCUUUGAGAACGUCUGCGAGCUGGACCUCAUCUUCCACAUGGACAAGGUUCACUACAUCCUGCAGGAGGUGGUGAUAGGCGGCAUGGUCCUGGAGACCAACAUGAACGAGAUCGUGGCGCAGGUAGAGGCCCAGAGCAAGCUGGAGAAGGUGGAGCAGGGAGGCCUCUCGGCCGCUCCGUCCCGUGCCGUCUCGGCCGUGAAGAACAUCAACCUGCCAGAGAUCCCUCGCAACAUCAACAUCGGAGACAUCAACAUCAAAGUGCCCAGCCUGUCCCAGUUCAUGUGAGAGGCCCGAGGCGAGGAGGGACCACGGCCUGGGCUCACUCUGGCAGGGGGGAGCCGGUGUCUGCUGGGCUCCCCGUGCCUGCCCGGGGCUGGCAGAGCGCAGAGAGCGGCGUUGGGGCCCAACAAGAGCAGAGCGGUGUCUGUCACCCUGGGCACUGAGCUGAGCCGUGCCCUUUGGUCGCCCAACAGGGGUGGCUCUUCUUCCGUGUCCCCCCUCCACGGUGGAUGUGCAGCCUCUCCUCUCUCUGUGCUGGGCAGAGCCGAGUCCUGCCGCUCCGAGCGCUUCUUGGGAUCGUUCCUUGCCAAAACACCCCCGUAGCUGAUGGCUCCAGGAGGAGCCGUAGGUUGUCCUGCUUCCCUGGGCUGGAUGGCUCUGUGCCGUGCCUGGUGGCUCCAUGCCCACUCUGGGCCAGCUCAGUGGGAUCAGGCCCCAAGUGGCCUGGUCGGGGCAGCACGGAGGCACCCGCUGGGCAGGGGCAGGGGCACGGUGUCGGGAGGGGAGGGCAUUGGGGAGCUGCACGCUGCCUCCGGGGCCCCUGCCCAACACUGUGGGGGGCCGGGUGGAACCUGUCCGCAUGCCCCUGCCGCGCCCAGGACACGUGCACGCCUGCGCUGAGGGCAUGUCCUUCCUCCUAAUAAACCACUGUGAGAACCCGUG